GUAACACAGGUCUAGCCGUUGGAUAGUUGCCGUCUCUUAACGACUGCGUUGAAGACCCUUCCCGUGAGUGAGGCAGAUAUUAUGAUGGGUUACUAGAGCCAAACGAUGUGAAAGGGGUAGCAUCAUAUAGUGGAACAGUGGACCUUCAACCGUGAAGAAGAUUCCUAUGGGAGUACUGUCUACAAUGCCGAGUUCGAUACAAGUAGACGCGUCAUGCCCCCAACUUGCACCCACGCGCGGUCCGUCAUCCACAUCGAUAUCCCUAGCCAGCCCUAGCCACAGCUCGGAACCCCGCGUCUGCAACAUAUAAAAAGCGACUCGACCCAAGCUUCCCUCGCCUUCUUCACACUGUAGUCUACUUUGUCGAUACCUGCCACAAUGUCCAAGCUUCAAGUCAACCGUCGCGUUCCAUAUGUCCGUCUGGGUAAUUCUGGCCUCAAAGUCUCGAAAAUCAUCUUGGGAUGCAUGAGCUACGGAACCCCUGAGUGGCAGAAAUGGGUUUUGGACGAGAAGGAGUCUAUUGAACACAUCAAGUUCGCCUACGAAAAUGGCAUCCAGACAUUCGACACCGCCAACGCCUACUCAAACGGUGAAAGCGAAGUUAUCUUAGGCAAGGCGAUCAAGCAGCUUGAGCUUCCGAGAGAGGAAAUUGUGGUCAUGACAAAGGUCUAUUUCACUGUAACCCGCACGCAAGGAGAAGGCUUUAUCUACACUGUUCCCGAAGCCGAAACGAAGGGCUAUGUAAACCAAGCCGGCCUCAGUAGGAAGCAUAUCUUUGAUAGCGUCAAGGCUAGUUUGAAGAGACUCGAUCUCGACUAUAUCGACGUCCUCCAGUGUCAUCGCUUCGAUUACUGGACCCCAAUCGAGGAAACUAUGCAAGCUUUGCACGAUGUUGUCAAAGCGGGCUACGUCCGCUACAUCGGAAUGAGCUCUUGCUAUGCGUAUCAGUUCAACGCGAUGCAGAACUAUGCGAUCACCCACAACUUGACGCCCUUUAUCUCGAUGCAGAACCAUUACAACAUUCUUUACCGUGAGGAGGAACGGGAGAUGAUGCCUUCGUUAAAGCAUUUCGGCGUCGGCUCCAUUCCAUGGAGCCCCCUCGCUCGCGGGGCUGUCACUCGACCUCGUAAGGGCACCGAGAAGACCGUCCGUGCGGAUAACGACAGGAUGAACCCUGAAGGAUACAUCGCAGAUGGUCCAGGCAGUGAGGCUAUUGUCGACCGCAUCGAAGAGCUUGCAAAGAAGCACGGUGCCAGCAUGGCCCAGAUCUCUUUAGCUUGGGUGAUGGCAAAGGACGGGGUGACGGCACCUAUUAUUGGUACUACCUCCCUCGAAAAGCUGAAGGACAACAUUGGUGCUUUCGAUGUGAAGCUCAGCCCAGAGGAUAUCAAAUACUUAGAUGAACCCUACGCUCCUGUCGCCGUCAAGGGUCACAUGUGAAGAAUUUGUUGCCGAAAUCCAAAUGUUCUGGGAUAUGGACGGAACGAUUGUGUGGGUGUAUUUUUUUCGAGCUGUACGAUGAAGAUGUGCUUGUGAGCCCAAAACUGUGUUCUUAUCAUGUAAAAAAGCUAUCUGAAGUUGGUGAUUCGUCACUUGUACAUGUAUAUGGUGUCUCAUCAACCAAGUUCGCCCAGUGUUCC